CCUUGUUACUUCUUUUCUUUGUUCCCAUAAUGGAAUUGACACCAAUGGCAGGUUUUGACAAAAAUCUGAAGUGUUUUGCAUACCCAGAAUGAUGGUUGAACUUACUCAGACGCAAGCUUUGCAAGAAGAAACUGCUUUAGUCGUUGCUCCUUUGUUGCAAAAUAGACCGAAGCUUUUUAACUUCAACAAGCAUUACGAUUAUUUAAAGAAAAUGUUAGAAUCGCUUCCUAGCUAUUUUUCAGUUUUGGAUGCAUCUAAGGCUUGGAUGAUUUAUUGGGAGCUAAAUUCCUUAGCUGUCAUGAAUAAGUUGGAUGGUGCCGUUAAAACGAGAGCAAUUAGUUCUCUUCGUCAAUUACGAGGAGUAAAUGGUGGUUUUUGUGGUGGAAAUGGUCAACAAGAACAUGUGUUAAGCACUUAUGCAGCAGUAUUAAGUAUUUGCUUGUGCGGUGAUGAUGAAGCUUUUGCUCUUAUCGAAAAAGAGAAACUACUACGGUGGUUUUAUUCUUUAAAAAAUUAUGAUGGAUCUUUCCGCGUAAACCAUGAAGGCGAGUCUGAUGCUCGUUCGGCUUAUGCAGUUGUUUGUGUUGCAUCUCUUUUGGGGCUUCCUGGUGAUCAUGAUUUAUUCAAGGAUACUUUAGAAUGGCUUUGUAAAUGUCAAACAUAUGAGGGAGGAUUAGCAGGCGUUCCAUACGCAGAAGCGCAUGGUGGGUACACAUAUUGCGCUUUAGCUGCAAUUGCUUUGUUACAAGGAGUCCAUAACUUGGAUAUUCCAAGACUUGUAAAGUGGCUAUUGCAGAGACAAGAUUCCGCUCUUUUCGGUUUUUCCGGAAGAACCAACAAACUUGUGGAUGGCUGUUAUAGCUGGUGGGUUGGCGGAAGCCAUCUUAUAUUAGCUUCUGGAUUUGGUAAUAGAUCUGAAAACGUAACGCAUGGCUUAUUUUACAAUUCAGAAAAACUUCUAAAAUACAUUCUUCAAUGCUGCCAAGGGGCCUCUGGUGGUUUACGUGAUAAGCCUCCCAAACGACCUGAUCAAUACCAUACUUGCUACUGUUUACUAGGAUUGUCCUCUAUAGCUUAUGACUACAGGAUACAAGAUAACCAUUGGUUAAUUGAGCCUUCUUGCUUAUAUUCGUCUUUGGAUUUCUUGUUGCCGACUCAUCCUAUUUAUUGUAUACCUUUGGGUUUGGAAAAAAAGAUGUUAUCUUACUUUAAAUCUAUUUAACUUUCGAACGCAUUUUAAGCUAUGUGGAUGUUUUAAUAUUUGUCUAUGAUUCAUGAAAUACAGGAAUAUAAUGUUUCGAUCUAAUGAACUAUUCGUUUUCAUAAAUAAAUAGAUUUCAUUCCUUGUUA